AUUUUUUUUUUUUUUCUUUAAACUCAACUUGUUUAAAGAAAUAAUGGAAUCUCAUUCUUCCUUUACAUUAGAGGGAUCAUCUUCUCUUAUUGUUGAUUUCUUUGAAUGUAGUUUAUCAAAUAUAUUAUAUCAACGUGGAAUAUACCCAUUUGAAGAUUUCAAGAUGAUAAAAAAAUAUGGCGUCAAUAUUGUAACUUCAGAUAAUCCAGAAUUAACAGAUUACAUACGCCAAAUUGUAAAACAAUUACGUGUUUGGUUAAAAGAGAAUAAAUUAAGCAAAUUUGUUAUUGUCAUUAAAUCAAAAGAUACAAAUGAAGUAUUGGAAAGAUGGAAUUUUAAUCUUGAUGUCAAUGGUGAAAAUGGUUUACCAAUGACAGAAAAUAUACCACCUGAACAAGUCGAUCUUAUUCAAGAAACAGCAGUCAAACAAAUUAGAUCCAUUCUACGCCAAAUCACAUCAAGUGUGUCAUUUUUACCAGAAUUAGAAGGAGAUAAUUGUACAUUUAACGUACUUGUUUACACUGAUAAUGAUGUGGAAGUACCACAGACUUGGGCUGAUAGUGGACCAAAUUUGAUUAAAGGAGGUGGUGAACAUGUCCGUUUGAGAUCAGUUAGAACCUUAGGUCACAAGGUGGAUUCGUUUGUUGCAUACAAAAAAGAGGAGGACUUUUAAUCUACAAGUGUAUAAAAAAAAAUGAUGGAUGUUGUAAUUAUUUAUAUUAAAAAAAAAGAAAGUGAAAAUAGCUUUAUUUUGAGGUUAUAACUUCAUUUAAAAUGCAUACUAAAUUACAUUAUAUCUACAAUUCAGAGAUAUUUAAAAUUGCCUAUUUUUAAUAAAAAGGCAAAAAAAAAA